GACACCAACCUCAUCGACAACUCGGAAACCGUCUACAUCUCGUCGCUUGCUCUCCUCAAGAUGCUGCGGCACGGCCGCGCUGGUGUGCCCAUGGAGGUCAUGGGGCUGAUGUUGGGAGAGUUCGUCGACGACUACACGGUGCGCGUAGUGGAUGUGUUCGCCAUGCCGCAGUCCGGAACCGGCGUUUCCGUCGAAGCUGUGGACCCCGUCUUCCAGACCAAGAUGAUGGACAUGCUGCGGCAAACAGGACGGCAAGAGACGGUUGUCGGCUGGUACCACUCGCAUCCCGGUUUCGGCUGCUGGCUCUCCUCGGUCGAUAUCAACACACAACAGUCUUUCGAGCAGCUCACCCCUCGCGCCGUUGCCGUCGUCGUAGAUCCCAUACAGUCCGUCAAGGGCAAGGUCGUCAUCGAUGCCUUCCGCUUGAUCAACCCGCAAACCCUCAUGAUGGGCCACGAACCCCGCCAGACCACGUCCAACGUUGGACAUCUGAACAAGCCCUCCAUCCAGGCGCUCAUUCACGGGCUGAACCGCCACUACUACUCCAUCGGCAUCAACUACCGAAAGACGGCGCUUGAGGAGAACAUGCUUAUGAACUUGCACAAGCACGUGUGGACCGAGGCGCUCAUGAUGAACGACUUCCGGGACGAAGGCGAGCGGAAUAAAGACAGCCUGCAGAAGCUUGUGUCACUGGCCGAGGGCUACGAGAAGCGUGUAAAGGAGGAGACCGAGUUGACCCCGGAGCAGCUCAAGACGCGCUACGUCGGCAAGGUCGACCCAAAGAAGCACCUCGAAGACGUAGGCCAGCGCCUUAUCGAAGACAACAUCGUCUCUGUGUCGAGACAAAUGAUCGACAAGGAGGCGUCAGUACCGAAAUCGAACGGAAAGUCCAAUGGACAGCGGUCGCCGAACGAAGGCGACGUGGAAAUGGAGGACUAG